GUUGCAAGGAUAGGACUCGGUCCACAUGAACCGCCGUUCCACAACCGUAUAAUAUCCAAACCCUAAAUACGGCGUAUCUACGGCCUCAUCUCGUCAUUCAUCACAUUUCAAUACCUUCUCGUCGUCGUCUCCCUCUCUCUCUCUCUCUCCCCCCUCUCUCUCUCUCUGCAAUGGACACUCUUCAAUCCAAUUACAUGGAUUCCCCAUCUGAACCCCAAUCUGAAUCUCAACCUCAACCGCCUAACGCCGAAGACAACCACAACGCCGACUACCAAAAUCAACCGAACUCCUACCCUCAUACCCAAUCUGAAAACCUCGACAAAACCCUAGAUUCAUCCAAAAUCGUUCUUCCGAACGGAGCUGUCGCCGCCGAUGAAUCCCCGCUUAUCCCGAAACCCGAUUCCUCGAAUCCGCUAGUGUCAGGAAACGGUUUAACCAGCACCCGCAGCGGCGCCGACAAGGAUGUCUCCGGCGGGGAGGAGGAAACCACCAGCCGAAGGCGGCGGCGUUCCAGGUGGGACCCGCCUCCGAGCGAGUCCACCAACGAUGGCUCUGCCGGCACUGGUGGGAACGGUGAUGUCAAUUCCGGGGCUGGAGGAAGGAAGCGGAAGUCGAGGUGGGCUGAUGAUGAGCCCAAACCCUUGGUCCAGUUCCCUGAUUUCAUGAAGGAUUUCGCCGGAGGUAUUGAGUUCGAUCCCGAGAUUCAAUCUUUGAAUAGUAUGUUGCUUGAGAUUAGUCGCAAGUUGCAAUCGGGUUUGCCUUUGGAUGAUCGUCCAGAGGGGGCUAGGUCGCCCUCUCCGGAACCUGUAUACGAUAACAUGGGAGUAAGGAUUAACACUAGGGAGUACCGUGCAAGGGAGAAACUGAAUAGGGAGAGACAAGAGAUUAUAUCCCAGAUUAUUAAGAAAAAUCCCGCCUUCAAGCCACCGGCUGAUUAUAGGCCACCAAAACUUCAUAAGAAGCUAUAUAUUCCGUUGAAAGAGUACCCUGGUUACAAUUUUAUCGGGUUGAUAAUUGGUCCUAGAGGAAACACUCAGAAGAGAAUGGAACGAGAGACUGGAGCAAAGAUUGUUAUUCGGGGCAAAGGGUCGGUGAAGGAGGGUAGGCUGCAGCAGAAGAGAGAUUUGAAGCCCGACUAUUCGGAUAACGAGGACUUGCAUGUGUUGGUGGAGGCGGAUACACAGGAGUCACUUGAAGCUGCUGCGGGUAUGGUUGAGAAGCUAUUGCAGCCUGUUGAUGAGGUUCUCAAUGAGCACAAGAGACAGCAGCUUAGGGAGCUUGCAGCAUUGAACGGUACUAUCAGGGAUGAAGAGUUUUGUAGACUGUGUGGUGAGCCUGGCCACAGACAAUUUGCAUGUCCUUCACGCUUAUCGACAUUUAAGAGCGAUGUUUUGUGUAAGAUAUGUGGUGAUGGUGGACAUCCUACUAUCGAUUGCCCGGUAAAGAAUACCACUGGGAAGAAAAUGGACGAUGAGUAUCAGAACUUUCUGGCGGAACUUGGUGGAACAGGGCCAGAAUCCGCAACCAAGUCACUCUCUGCGACACUUGCUCUUCCUAGCAGUACGGGCACCAAUCCUCCUUGGGCAGGUGGUACAAACAUUUCUAGUAACUCAGCGCAUCCUGGUUUAGGGUCGAAUGUAAUGAAGCCAAAGGAAUACGACGAGACAAAUUUAUAUAUUGGCUAUUUGCCUCCUACGAUGGAGGACGAUGGUUUGAUCAGCUUGUUCUCUGCUUUUGGUGAAAUUGUGAUGGCUAAGGUUAUCAAAGACCGGAUCUCUGGCCUUAGUAAAGGUUAUGGAUUUGUUAAGUAUGCUGAUGUCCAGCAAGCUAAUACUGCUAUUGCUAGCAUGAACGGUCACAAAUUAGACGGUAGAUCAAUUGCUGUGAGAGUUGCAGGUAAAUCUCCUCAGCCUGCUAUGCCACCAGCCUCUCCUGCUCAACCUAUGCCGACGUAUCCUGCUCCAAAUCAGCAUGUUGGUGGUGGGUACCCUUCACAGCAGUACAGGAUCGGUGGGCCCAUUGGAAGUGCACCACCGCCACCGCCUGGGGUCUAUCCUGGGGCGGCAGCUCCGUGGGGACAACCACCACCACCUCCUUCUUAUUCCCCUUAUCAGCCUCCCCCUCCUCCCCCUCCAGGAUCAGCCAUGUAUCCUCCAGUUCCAGGUCAGCACAUUUCUCAGUAUGGAAUGCAAUAUCCUCCUCCACCACUGCCUCCUGGUUCGUCUGGUGUGCAGACACAGACUGUUUCUUCUACUGAUUCUCAACAAAGUUAUUCAUCUUCCGGUGAGACACGGCAAAGUUAUCCACCUGGAGUUCAGGCUCAGAGUAGUGGACCGUUUCAAUCUGUUCCGACCUAUGCCUAUGGCAACUCGGUGCUACCAAAUUCUCAGUAUCAAUACCCAGCACCUCCGUAUAGUUAUCAACCGCAUUAUGGUGCUGUUCCUCCUCCCCCUCCUCCUGCUAUGCCCCAGUCGAAUUUGGAUCCUUCCCAAAGCUUGGGUAAUGUUCCUUGGGCCUCGAAUCCACCACUGCCUCCACCUUCUGCAGCUGCUGAAAAAAGUAACUACGGUGCAGAUUCGGAAUAUGAGAAGUUCAUGGCAGAAAUGAAAUGAUGCUGUGAUUGUCUGGAAAUGGCUUUUCAAAUGACAGGCAGUUUGUUGGAGCUCUUGCCAACCUGAUUUCGUUAUCUCUUGCCAUGAUUUACUUGUUGGAUGUUUUGGACUCACGUAACCUUGCUGUAGUGUUACAUUUGCAGAGAGCUGAGAGAUUACUCCCCGGAUAAUUCAGCCAUGUGUUGUGCUACCUAGUUCACAUUUUCGACUGUUGAACUAACCCUUUAUUGGCACAUGCUUUCUUUUUUAUUUUUGCUUUAUUGUGUCUGUCUUAUUCAGUCAAUUUUUACGUUAUAUGUUUGACUUUCUAGAUUCUGUUUGCUGACCUUUGUUUUGACUGUCCCAAAUUUACUCUUGAUUUCUUAAUCUUCUCCUAACAUGUUCUUAUAUUGGUUUCUUACGCUUAUCCAUAACUUGUUACUAAUGGAUGCUUAGCCGAUGCUUGCCUCUCUACUAAUCUAAGUGAAGGUAAGCAACUUCGAUUGUGAGGUGUCAGAGAUGGUAUGUUUAAUCUGACAAUUUCUUACUAAACGAGCCUUCCAAUUUCAGUUUUUUUUUUCGUUUUUAAUUUCCGCUGAUUCCUUCUCCUAGUUCAUGUAUGGCAGGUGGUGUGAUUGUGCUGGGGGCUCCUGGUUUUGCCUUUUUACUAAGCUUAGUGUUUCUUUUUAAACUAAAUGAAUUUCGGUUUGAUUAGUCUAAAAGGAAGCGAGUCUAGAUUGUAUUGGAUGAUGUUUUGCUGAUUAUUAAAUUGAUUUCAACAGAAAAUCUGAGAAAA